GCUGCUUCUGUCAUCGGUCUCAUUCUCCCUUUCUGUGCUGUACUAACUUGUGCAUGAAGGAGAACAAGCUGAUGCCCUCUCCCACACUUCUCACUACUGCUGGCUUCCCCCUCCCACGUCCCAGGCACACCUUCUUUCAGGUCCUCCUCCUCAGUCAUGGAAGGGAACAGAACUGGUGUGAUUUUGCUGUACAGGAGGACACCAAACAACGCUAAGGGACAUCCAUGUGGGUUCCUCAUCUCCUGUGCCCUAAGGGAAACAGUUCUGCAGGGUGCUUCAUUUCCCAUAGAGCACAGGAAGGCUUUGAGAGAAGGGUCAGAAUAGCUGGUUCGUGUAUAGGCCAAACUCCCCUGGCUAGAGCAAUGCAGCUGAUGUGGAAGCUACUGUGGCUCUAAUGCAGUAGCCCCACUGUUGUACUAAGGGCAGAGGGGCUGAUUCCAUGUGCACCUAGCCCCUGUGGAAUUAGCAUGUACACAGUCCGUAUUUCACUUCCACUGUACCCUGAUGUACCACACUCUUAGUUUUAGUACUUAGGAGUUAAUUUUGUCCUAAUAAUGGUGGACACUGUCUCCUAUUUCUCCCUCCAUUAAAGCCCUGCCCAUUUACACUAGCUGGAGUGAUACUUGCAAAGCAUGAGGCUAAUAUGUGACGUUUAACCACUAUCCCUAAAAGCUGCUCACCAGAAUUCUUGUAAAACUAUUGUUCCUCCUUCUGGCUUUCAAAAUGAGUGACAGCACUUCAGCUCACAUAACGGGAGGCUAAGGCUGGGGUUUCUCACGAAGGACGUGGUUCGUUCCUAAUAAAAGCUUAAGCUAAGAAAUGGCAUGUGGCCCUUUUUUUAGGGCCUAAAAUAAUUCUUUCAUAGAAUUGAUUUAGAAAACUUUAUUUUCCCUGCUUCCUUGAAGGAACCCGAAAGCUGAAAGAGGAGGAGCUGAAAAGAGGUGGUACAUGGCUGGGAAUUUCCCCAUUGCAGGCAUAUGAAUUGCCUUCCUGUUCUUCCGCAGUCUAGGUUCAACCUGUCCUAGAGUUUACUUUUUUUUGCAGGGGAAGUGGAGAGUCAGCAUGGCUGGACGAGGAUUAGCCAAAUUUGUCUUCUCUUCUUUUACUGCUGUUCUGUUCUUCCUGUUGCUCUCUGCUAUGCAGUGUUCAGGGCUGAUAUGUGGACAAUUUGAAUAUCCCUUACAUAAAAGAUGCUGCAGGGAUUGUGCUCCUGGUGAGGAAAUGAAAAACCGCUGCUCGCCAACAUCAGAAACGGAGUGUGUCCCCUGCCAACAUGGAUACUAUAACUCAAAGCAUAACUACUAUUCGUGCAAAAGCUGCACCGUCUGUGACACAGAUAGGGGAAGCAUGGAGGUGAAGAAGUGUGAUAAGAUAUCCGAUACAGUUUGCAUGUGCAUGAAGGGUUACACCCCAUACGACAGCAGAUCGUCAGAGGAAUCCCCGUCAGGAAAAGAAUGCUUCCCUUGUCCUGAUGGGCAUUUUUCCAAUGGAAACAAUGACAGAUGUCGGCCCUGGGUCAACUGCCUCGCUUAUGGUAAAAAGACUCUGAAACCUGGGACAAAAACAGAAGAUGCUAUCUGCGAUGACCAGGACAAACAGGCCACCACACUCCAAACAUCCACCUUGUACCUCUCUCUCAUCAGCCACAGAAGCAAUGGAUCUACUACAGCAUCCACCCCCUUCACAUCCAAAGACACCAUUUCCACCACUCCUGUUAAAAAGGAGAUUAACUGGGGGUCCUUAUCGCUCAUUCUGAUUUGCUUAACGUUGCUCAUGGUAUCUGGAAUGUCCAUCCUCCUCUUGACUAUCCAGACGACCAAAAAGGAUAAGACAAAGAGGCCUCCUGUGAAUGGACAACUCGAUGGAAAGAGCUUUCGAAUUCCUAUCCAGGAAGAGCAAGUCGACUCCAAUUCCAGCCUCAUCAAAAACUGAUUCCCUGUUAUACUACAGUGUACUGUCAUCUGUGCCAGACAGUAGGAACCUAGCAAUGCAACAAAUACUCCCCAUGUAAAGGAAUAUUCUGUAUGUGCUGGUGCUCGUUCCAGGGCUGACUGCACCUCUGUCUCCUUUCUGGUCUCUCUGAGUGCACCCACUCAGGUCUUAGGCCUCAUGCCUGUUCCUCUCUCGGGGUGGAAUCAUGUGAUUCUCCCACUCUUAGACUGAGACGUGGGCUAUAGUACCAUGGGUAUCAACUGAGCUUACCGAGCAGGUCCAAAUGAGUUUGGGCACCUACCGUUCUUCCCUUUGGGAGUUUGUGACCAAUGGUAUAAGGUAAGCAGACCUUUUAGAACCCAAAAUACUGUAUUUAGCAAUAGUAGAAUGCAUUCGAGAAAGGAUUUCAAAACAACAGUCUACCCCUACCAUCCUUUGGUGACCUAGGCAGGCCUAGCUUCUCCAGACCCUCAAGUGGCUCCUCUGUCCGAGUCUCAUUCCAGUCUGGUUUCCCUUUUGGCUCUCCCUCCCCCUGAGAGAGUGGCCCCCUUUAAACCUUGCUAGUAUCCUUUUUUUGUCUUGUGUUUUGUGGGCCUUGGCCUUUCCUGGUCAAAACCAUUUUGUAGGUCGUCUGGAGACAUGGAAACAGAAUCAUGGAAGGUGGUAACUCCAGCAAUGCCUCUUAACCGUUUUUAAGCAUUUGUUGAGAGGUGUUGAUCUGGAGCCAUUCUGCUCCUCUCUGCCUGUCAGACACCUGUUAAGCUAAACCAGUGUGUUCAUACCAUCCCAAUAGUCCUUAUUAGAGGGUAGUCCAAAUCUGUGUGUCUAUGUAUAAGGGCAGAGUUUUUAUAUUCACAGCCUGGAGAGAAAGCAAAUUCAGAUACGUGAGGAAAAGAUUAAGAGACGGCCGCUCAAAGAGAACAAGCAUGCAACUUGUCUCAAUUUCAGACUUUAGGACUCGGCAUUUGCACCGCUACUUUACCUGCAAACCCUGCAUGCCCAGUGCACACCCACUCUUGUGCUUCCUAUUUAUGUUCAUGUGCAUCACAAUGAACAUCCUGUCAAGAUGAGUGUUUGCAGAUGGGAAAAAGUAGGUGAAAGGUGGGAACAGACGGCAUGAAAAGCAAAUGCAGAGACUAUGAAAAAAGGGAGGGGAGCGGAAGGAAUAGAGAACUUCCAAUGAAAGCAUAGAUAGUAUUUAUUGGGCCAGAUCCUAACCCACUGACUUCAGUGGAACUACGUGUGUGCCACUGGGGAUCUGGCCUACUGCCUAUAUCUACAUUGAGUGUUUGGCCCCCAUGGGUACGAGCGUAGCUUUCGAGGCCCUCCUGGCCCUGACAUUACAAUUAAACUGAAUCAGCAUGUGGAACGAAAUUACAAUCAAACUCCAGCCAACUAUUCAAAGCUCCAAAUAGUUGGAGGUUCACAAACCAUCAGGCUCCCCUGUCACUGGUUCUUGCCCCUUUCCGCUGUUGCUUUUGAACCCCUUUCUGGGCCCACAGGAUUAUCGUUAUUCGUUAAGUAACCUCCGCAAACCCCACUCGGAAUGCAGGUGUUGUCUUGCUAGUGUGGCGGAACAUGACAAUGUAAACAAUGCAGAAAACACAAGGCCCCCUAGAUAUAAUAUUUCUUCUUCUUGAAAUGUGGCGUUGGCUGGGAAGAGCCAAUGGAUUGAUAUUCCAGUAGUGACACCCAGGGCUUUCUGCAGGUAGCAUUACAGUACAACUAUGCAGAAUCCUGCCGGUAAUGGAUAGACAAUCCAGACACAGGCUGCCAUCCUGUAUCUGAACGCUUUGCGGGAGUUCACACUCAAGAACUGACCAAGCACUGGACCUGAUCCUGCUCCCGGUUGAAAUAAAUAGGAGUUUGGCAAUUAAAUUCAGUUGGAGCAGGAACAAAUGGUACACUGGUUGCCAAGUGUGUCUGUAAUGGAGAUGCUGCGCGUCUUCUCGUUGGCUCAUGAUAUUUUCAAGGGGGUGAAUGGGUUUUAAAGUUAAUGGGAAGUGCCCUGUUAAAUACAAGCUGUGAAACUGGUCUUGGCAAAUCACUGAAUCCCUCUGUUCCUCAGUAUGUCCGUCCGUAAAACGGGAGUGGUGAUAUUUACCUCCCUCCUGGCCGUGUGGGUGAGGGUUCAUGUUUGAAGUACUCUGAAAAAUCUUUCAGAGCUCUUUGAAAACUGAGGAGUGACGAGUUUUGUUAUUGGCAUUCAACAGCGUCAAAAGCAAAGGAUCUGCCCUUGCACUGUACAAAUGAAUAAGUUAAUUAUGCCCUACAUAUUUUGGUUUGUCUAAUAUAAAUGGGUAUAGUUUAUUACAUACCCUAUGGUCCCAGCUCUGCAAACAUAUACAAACUAGACUCCAGAGAGACUACUUCUGUGCUUAAAGCUAAGCAUGUGCAUAAGUGUUUGCAGGAUCGGGGCUUUACUGUGUGUGUACGUACUUCUGUGUAUAUAUUAUAAUAUAUUUUACAUGUAUACUCUCAAUCAUGUAAAACGUGAUUUUUAUAUAUAUGAUCACAAUAUUUAACAUGCCUGUAAGGGUGUGUCCACACUGCAGUUAGACACUGGCAGCUGAACCGUGCCAGCCGACACCGGCUAAGGGGCUGUUUAAUUGUGGUGUAGAUGCUCAGGCUCAAGCUGCAGCCUGGGCUCUGAGACCUUCCCACUGCACAGGGUCCUAGAGCCCCGGCUCCUACACCACAGUUAAACAGCCCCUUAGCCCAAGCCCAAGUCAGCUGGCACAGGCCAGCCAUGGAUUUUUAAUUGCAGUGUGGACGUACCUGGAGUGAGUUUGGCCUACCCAUAAUGUGUUACACGAUUUUGCAAUAUAUUUUCCUGUAAAUAGCUUCAGAUGUAAUUUCGUAUGCCUGAGUGUAUAAAAUAGAUGAAGGGAAAAAAUCCAAAUGCUAUAGCAAAGCUGAGAAGUCUUUCAUUUUAAAUGCCUCUUCAAUAUGUAGUUAAAAAGAAAUAUUUAUUUUGUAUACAAAAUAGUCACCACAUGUGCCAAAAUGUGGCAAAUGUAUUCCAGAACACAACAGCUGCCUGAAAACAUGUUUUUUUAAAAAAUAUGUAUUGUUAUAUGUUAUACAUAUAGUGUAAUUAAUAUUUCCUACAGUGAAAUAGACACGUUGUAUACAAACUUUUGUAUUAUAGUCUAAGUAUCGUAAAUGGAGGAAUUUUUUUUAAAAUAAAACGUU